GCGAAGCCCACACAGCCGCUCCGGUCCGCCCCUUCUCUGGUCUGUCACGCUCGGCGGCUCCUCCGGGAGGCUCCUCGCUCCCUCCCGCAGCCCCACGCCGCGAGAAGGAGGCAGCGGCAACGGCAGCGGAGGGAAGUGCCGCGGCUCUCCGCUGCCUGCCCCCGGUUGAAUAUUACAGCUUUACAUGUACUUGGGCUUUUUCUGCUGAUGUCCAACACAAAAUAGAUAUUCCAAAAAGUAUUCAGCAGGUACCUCUGUGACAUAACAACAGUCUUUCUUUGAUACAAGAUGGAGGACACAUACAAAGAUAGGACUUCACUAGUGAAAGGAGCCAAAGAUAUUGCCAAAGAGGUGAAGAGACAAGCAGUUAAAAAAGUAAAUAAAGCUGUUGACAAAGCCCAGGAUGGUUACACACAGAGGUCCUACAAUCGAUUCCAGGAUGAGGAAGAUGACGAUGAUUACUAUGUCCAAGGAGGAAAUUAUGGUGUAGAAGCUAAUGAUGAUGAAGGAUCAAGUGAAGCAACUGAAGGACAUGAUGAAGAUGACGAAAUUUAUGAAGGGGAGUAUCAGGGAAUCCCCAGCAUGGGGCAGGGAAAGGAUGACAUGGUGGCCUUAGGUCAACCUAUGCAUGAUGAAUAUAAGGAUCGCCAUGAACUGGAAACAGAGAGAAAAGCUGAUGAAGAAGAGUUAGCACAGCAGUAUGAAUUAAUAAUACAAGAAUGUGGCCAUGGUCGUUUCCAGUGGGCCCUCUUCUUUGUGUUGGGAAUGGCCCUGAUGGCUGAUGGGGUGGAAGUUUUCGUAGUUGGAUUUGUGUUGCCAAGUGCUGAAACAGAUAUGUGUAUACCGAAUUCUGGAUCAGGAUGGCUUGGUAGCAUAGUGUACCUUGGGAUGAUGGUGGGGGCAUUCUUCUGGGGAGGCUUGGCAGACAAGGUGGGAAGGAGACAGUCACUCCUGAUAUGUAUGUCUGUCAAUGGAUUCUUUGCCUUCCUUUCAUCAUUUGUCCAGGGCUAUGGCUUCUUCCUCUUCUGUCGCUUGUUUUCUGGAUUUGGGAUUGGUGGAGCACUGCCGACAGUCUUCUCCUAUUUUUCGGAAGUGCUUGCUCGGGAGAAACGAGGUGAACACCUGAGCUGGCUCUGUAUGUUUUGGAUGAUUGGUGGUAUUUACGCUUCUGCAAUGGCUUGGGCGAUAAUUCCUCAUUAUGGGUGGAGUUUCAGCAUGGGAUCUGCCUACCAGUUCCACAGCUGGCGAGUAUUUGUGAUUGUCUGUGCACUGCCCUGUGUCUCUUCUGUGGUAGCCCUGACCUUUAUGCCGGAAAGCCCACGGUUCCUGCUGGAGGUUGGAAAACAUGAUGAAGCUUGGAUGAUACUCAAGCAAAUUCAUGACACAAACAUGCGUGCUCGUGGUCAGCCUGAGAAAGUCUUCACAGUCACCAGAAUCAAAACACCAAAGCAGAUAGAUGAGCUCAUAGAAAUAGAGAGUGAUACUGGAACUUGGUACAGGAGGUGUUUUGUAAGAAUCCGCACAGAGCUGUAUGGUAUUUGGUUGACGUUUAUGAGAUGCUUCAACUACCCGGUGAAGGAUAAUACGAUCAAACUUACGGCUGUAUGGUUCACCCUGUCUUUUGGCUACUAUGGCUUAUCUGUCUGGUUUCCUGAUGUCAUUAAACAUCUGCAGUCAGAUGAGUAUGCAUCCCGAGUGAAACAUUUCCGCAAUGAGGAGGUUUCACACUUUGUCUUCAACUUCACACUGGAAAAUCAGAUUCACAGCAAUGGAGAAUACAUCAAUGACAGGUUUAUUAUGAUGAAGUUUAAAUCGGUAACAUUUGAAGAUUCACUUUUUAAGAACUGUGUGUUUGAAGACAUUACUUCACUGAACACAUACUUCAGGAACUGUACUUUUGUGAAUACCACCUUCUACAACACAGAUCUCGAGCAGUAUAAAUUUGUUGACAGUGAAUUGAUAAAUUGCACAUUUUUUCACGUCAGAACAGGAUGCCAGAUUUCUUUUGAUGAUGACUACAGUGCCUACUGGAUCUACUUUGUUAAUUUCCUGGGAACUUUGGCAGUGUUACCAGGGAAUAUUGUGUCUGCUCUCCUGAUGGAUAGAAUAGGACGGUUAACGAUGCUAGGUGGUUCCAUGGUCCUUUCUGGCAUCAGCUGUUUUUUCCUGUGGUUUGGGACCAGUGAAUCCAUGAUGAUAGGUAUGCUGUGCCUCUACAACGGCCUCACCAUCUCAGCAUGGAACUCUCUAGAUGUCAUUACUGUGGAGCUGUAUCCUACAGACAGAAGGGCAACAGGCUUUGGCUUUCUGAAUGCACUAUGCAAAGCUGCAGCUGUACUUGGAAACCUAAUAUUUGGUUCCCUUGUUGGUAUCACCAAAGCAAUCCCUAUUCUCCUUGCUUCUACUGUUCUGGUAUGUGGAGGUCUGGUAGGACUUCGGCUUCCUGAUACAAGAACACAGGUGUUGAUGUAAACGGGAAAAAUGGGAAAAACAUUUACUAUUCAUUUCCUUCUUUGUACAAAUGUCAACUCUCCUGACCAAUGGUGCAAAGGCUUCAGAUUCUCAACAUAGAGUACAGUGCUCAAAUGUCAGAAAUCAAACUCAAAAGAUACUUUGGAAUAGCAGAGAUUUAGAAACCUCUGUAUGAAAAUUUAAAUUUCACUUUUGUUUGCUUGCAUACAUUAAUGUUCAAAACCAUUUAACUUCAAACUGCAAAGCUACCUCUUAAAACAGUUUCGGUGACAUAUCCAUGAAGGUAAAAAAUAUACUGAUUACCAGAUAUUUAAAAUGAAAGCAGUCACAUUGUUUAAAAAUCACAUGCUAAAUUUGGCCAUGGCAUUGUGAGCUUUUGUAAUAUACAGAUGUGCAAGUCAAUCACUUAGCAGUAUUGGUGCAGAGAAUGUUAAUGUAUCAAUGCAUGCAGCAUUUAUCAGGAAACUCUACAGAUCGCAUCAGUACUGAGAACACUGAUCUUCUGCAGCUGUGCUUAGGUGGUAAAAACUUGUGGCAACAAUUCUUGGUAAAUAUUUUUAGGCAGUUUCAAUCUAAAGUAAAAAUUACCAACUACACCACAUGUUGGCUGAGGAGAAGGCAACAACUACUACAGGGAAUUUAAAAGUCCAUAUGGGUAUGCAGUAAAGGGAAUAACAAAAUGAACAUUUUCACUCUUCACUGCUGAUCCUUCAGAAAAAUUUUGCUUUAUUCUCACUUGUGGCAUGUGGAAUAUUUUUUCCAUUUUAAAACUGUGAAUUAAUGCAAAUAUUUUUGUUGUUUGAAGUGUGAAUAAAGGAAGAAUCAGGCCAGUGAACUACAUGGUAAGUAAGAUACUUUUAGAGGUUUGUUUGAUAUUUAUAUAUAUAAACAACUUCAUAUUUUCAUAGUUUAUACACUUCUUUAUAUAAUAAUUUUCUCAGCUAAUUUUAAAUAGUUCUAGAGAUGUCUCACCAUUUAAUACUUUCAAGUGUCUCUCUGAAAGGCCAUUAAGAAAGAAGCCAUGACAAGGCUGCAGAGAGUGGUAAUGUUUUUAUUAGACCAAGAGCAUGGAUGGAGUGUAAAUGGCAGUAAAUCUAUUCCUUCUAUGCUGUGGACUGUUACGGAUUACAGUAAAGUUCUCCAUCAGUCUUAAUGCUAUGUAAAAGGUUAUGGAAUCUGUUUAAAAUGUUAGCAUUAAAAAUUUAAUACAUAUACAUUGAUAUAAAGUUAUCAAAGAGGCAGAUCUUCUGAUGACAGAAACUGACCUUACUUUCAGUAGAGCUAAGAUAACUUGUAGUAGCUGAUGAACUAGCUGCCAUUUCAAGUGUCAAAUAACAAAUUUUCUAUACAACAUACAGAAAAAAUUAUCAGUAUUUUUUUUCUUAUUAUGUUUGACAACAAUUAUUAGGUAUAUGAAUUGUUGCCAAAGAAAUUGGCUUUCAGAUAAUGUCAUUGUGUCAUAAGAAAGAUUUUUUUCAUUAAGUUUUCCUUUGCUAUUACAUGUGGACUUAGAUUUGGAUACUGGUAUCUAUCACUGCAUUCUGUAUCCGUCAUUGUCUUUGUUAUAUUAAAAGACUCAGUAAAAGACUACAUAAGAAGAUCGCUCAAUACAUUUAAAGUUCACUGUUUAAUCUACUGAUUUUAGAAGUGACAUUUUCAGUUACUAACAAAUGCCUGUGUUACAUAUUGUAGUACAAAAAAUUUUAGCCCAAGAUGUGGUUUUCUGCUAUUAAAUUAGAAAAGUGUCAGAAUUAAAAAAGCAUGAGUAUGAAAAACUAGGGGGCAUUAUUUUGAUGGUGAUAAUUUAAAUGAUGGUGACCAUCCAUCUAAGAGAAGGUCACUCUAAACAAACCUAUGUCCUGGGGACCUCACUGCCACUGUCCAAGUUUGCUUGGCCCCGGUAGAUGAACCUCAGGA